AUGAGUCAAGAGAACGCCGAAAACCCCCCGCUUUCCCCCAGCGUCUCCAGCACGCCUCGUUUCCAACAGGCUAGAGAUACACGAGAGGAGUUUAACAGCACCAACAGCACCAACAACAUGAGUUUCGGCUUAAUCAAGUCACCCAUUAUGGCCAACGGGCUAAAUUUGGAUCCAUUCGACUACAAGCCGCCCACAAUGGCAUACUCUGGAUCGACGAGUGAGCAGCUGCUGUCCAGUGGCCGACUUGUCAAUUCUAGUCCUAGGGAGAUACAUAGUGAUAAUAACAGCACCACGAGCAGUAGCGAAGCUGGUGUUCUUUACAAACUAAGGGAGAACGAGAAUAACGAUCAGUAUAAGGUUGAUUUCAAUAAGAUGGAUCCAGAUGUGCACAAAUGCCUAAAUCAAAUUGAGGAAUUCAAGGAGAGGGUGAUAGGUAACGCGUCUAGCGAGGAGGACAGUAGGCAACAGUUGGUGAUGUUUAUGGAGUCAUUCAAAUCGACGGUAUUACGGUUAAAUUUGAAGAACUCUUUAUUGAAGAAUGAGAUAUCCAAUAUCCGGGACGAUUUCAGUAUGGAGAGGUUUAUGUUAAUGAAGAAGAUCGACCAACUUGAAAAGACAUUGCGUAUGACACAAUCAGAGAACACUGCAAUCAAUGAACGGAACUUGAAGUUGAUAAAGUACAUCAAGACACUAAAGAACGAAAAGCUGAAAUUCUUUAUAACAGAGAAUUACAAAUUGAAGGACAGAAUCGAGAUGUUGGAAACGCAGCUCCGUUUGUCGAACCCGUCGUACGUGGUGGGUUCCCCGCUGAGUACGAAUUCCAAUACAUUACCAAUCCACAUUUCUACGCCUAAUGCGUGUACGGGGAAAACGCCCUCAGAUGAAGUUCUGUCGCCUAAAAACACAACGAAACUCGAUGCACUAAGUCUGUUGGCCAGUGAAUACCUUCAUAAUGAGUAUCCCGAUAUUGUAAUGGAUGGGUUAUCCUCCAAACGCAGAAAAUCUGACUGA